AUGGUCCAUGAUUCGGCAGAAGGAGAUUUCUCCUUCCGCGACUAUUUGUCCUGCAAACUGAACUUCGUGAAGUGGCCACCUUGUGGUACAGAUCCGGAGACGUCUCGCACCAAGAAGGCCUCCUGGCUUGGUCGUUGCUGUCGACGCUUGAAAUCCACAGGUGAAGAACCAGAUCUGGAAGCAGGAGUCCCACCGGCUGUGAGCAAGACGCAUAGCAAGAUCAGCAGAGGCAACUCGGUAAGCUUUGCCAGUGCCCCGUCGUCCACUUCUGCGAAUGAGGAGUUGAUGUCGCACGCUGUGCCCUUUGAUCCGGAAGAGUUCCUACGGCCGGUUUGUCAGUCAGACCUCGUGGACAGGUUCUACAGCAAGCUAGCAGCAGAGUAUGAGGCUGCUGCUGCUGCCUCUGCAUCUGGACUGGCAGAGGAGGGUCUGUUGCCAUGGCGAGAUUCGGGUGCGGCCUUUUCCCUUUCGCCCACCACGAAAUCUGAGAACAUGGCAUCGUCACGAUCCUGGAAUGUGGGACCCGCAGACAGCAGCUCCUAUGCCGCGACGCGCAGGGCGAGUAGCCUGGGCGAUGCGUCCGCCUUUGGUCGAUUGGAUGCCGAAGACACGGAGCCAAGCCAUGUUCCUUCGAAGGAUGAUGAGGGGCAAUCUCCAAAGGCCGCGCCCGAGGUGCAGUUGGAGCAUAACCCUGAGCGGAGCCCACCGGCGCGGCCUUCCCGUCCCUCGCGGAGUGCACCGCUCAUCUCGUUGGAGUCCAUUGACGAUGUGAAUGUGGAAGUGAUCCGCAGCCCAAGUGGCCAAGUGAAGCAAAAGCAUUUGGUUUUUGCCAUGGUGGAGGAGGAGCCGGUCUUCAAAACGGCCUUGAAGUCAGUGCAAUUCGUUGGGGUGGAUUCGAACGCUCCGGAGGAGCAGAUCUUCUAA